AUGACAACAUCAUCAAAAUCAAAUCCAAAAGUUUUACAAUUAAUUCAAGAAUAUGCACAACGCUUACGUUCUCAUACACCCGCAGAUUAUGAUCUGAUAUUGUCUGCUGUAGGUGAUGCUCAAGUUGUCAUGAUUGGUGAAGCAUCUCAUGGUUCACAUGAAUUUUAUUUUCAUAGAGCCGAAAUAACAAAACGAUUAAUUCAAGAAAAAGUAUAA